CAUUCUAAUGUGGGUCCAUCCAUAUUCUUCUCCCAUAACCAAGCCAACACAACUCCUCAACACACUCAAACCCCAUCAUUGCCAUCACUAAAUUACUUCCCACUCUUUCUUUCUUCACCAACAUGUCUCAUUCACACUAUUCUUUGGUCUAAAAGUUAAACCAUGUGUUUUAAUAUUGGACGUGAAAAAAAAAAUAACACUAGAGAAAAAAAGAAAGUUCUAGUUUUUGUAAAAGAUAGCUAUAUAGUACAAAGUUGAAAGGUUUAUUUGGAUUUGGUGAGUAAUGGGUAAUUGUUGGUAUAGGGAAUCAUCAGAUUAUAGAGUCUCAUCCAAUGCAAAACCAGAACAAAACCAUGUGGCAGUGAAAGAAAGAUACGAAUAUGAUGAUAGUAAGUUACCAUCAAAUCCUAAAGAAGUUGAAGAUCUUCGUCGCGAUUCAGCUGCAAAUCCAUUGAUUGCAUUCACUUACGAUGAACUAAAGAUGAUAACCGGACAUUUUAGACCGGACCGCGUGUUAGGUGGUGGUGGAUUUGGAAGUGUUUAUAAAGGGUUUAUUUCUGAGGAGUUAAGGGAAGGUCUUCCUUCAAUUCCUGUAGCUGUUAAGGUUCAUGAUGGAGACAAUAGUCAUCAAGGUCACAGAGAAUGGCUGGCAGAAGUGAUAUUUUUGGGGGAAUGUUCACAUCCAAAUUUAGUGAAAUUAAUUGGAUACUGCUGUGAAAAUGAACAUAGAGUGCUAGUUUAUGAGUACAUGGCCAGAGGAAGUGUGGAAAACAAUUUGUUCUCAAAAAUUUUGCUUCCUUUGCCAUGGUCCAUAAGAAUGAAGAUUGCAUUCGGUGCUGCAAAAGGACUUGCAUUUCUUCAUGAAGCCGAAAAACCUGUCAUCUAUCGCGAUUUCAAAACAUCUAAUAUUUUAUUGGAUCUGGACUAUAAUGCAAAGCUUUCUGACUUUGGCCUUGCUAAAGAUGGACCAGUUGGAGACAAGUCACAUGUUUCUACUAGAAUAAUGGGAACAUAUGGAUAUGCUGCACCGGAAUACAUUAUGACUGGUAAACUAACUUACGUAACACAGACAUCUCAGAACAAAGUCGUGUUCAAUAUCCGACGCAUGUCAGUGUCCGACACAAACACAUGUCAUUUGACUCCUAGAAGUGAUGUUUAUAGUUUCGGUGUUGUUCUUCUUGAGCUUUUGACUGGGAGAAAAUCUUUAGACAAACAAAGACCAGCUAGAGAGCAAAACCUAACAGAAUGGGCUCUUCCUUUGCUCAAAGAAAAGAAGAAAGUGUUAAAUAUUAUAGAUCCAAGACUAGAAGGUAACUAUCCAGUAAAAGGAGCUCAUAAGGCUGCAAUGCUAGCAUAUCAUUGUUUGAACAAGAAUCCAAAAGCAAGGCCUCUAAUGAGAGACAUUGUUGAUUCAUUGGAGCCUUUGACAACAUAUAGUGAGCUCCCUAUGGAAAAAACAUUUACUAUAAUCACUGAGGUUGCUGAAACUGAUGUUAAAAAGAAAGAGGCAAAAUGACUUAAAAGUAAAGAGGGUAUUCUUUUUAGGUUACAUAAGGUUUGCUUCUCAUGUUUAUAGGAAGAGGUUUUGCAUUAACUUUGUAUCUAGUAAGCAUAAACACGGACAUCGGGACAGACGCUAAUAUUUGUAUCGAUAAUGUCAAUAACACAGGACACCAACCCAGUUACCUAUAUAAUAGUAU